CUGGUCUGGUACAGCGCGGUUACAGUGGAACGUUUGUAUCGACGAUGCGGUUGUGAACUCGUAAUACCGGUAGACGUCCAUGUCAUCGUAGGAAAAUGUCUUCACUUGACUCAGUUGCCUAAGGAUUAUUUGAACCAGGCGCUAAUGUCAGAACAGCAAGCGGCGAAAGUCCCGACCAUAGCGAGGUGGCUGGUGAUGCCUGUUUUGCGGAGCUUCAAGAGCUUAUUGACUCCGGUCAAGAUGAUGAUAUUCCUGACGAGAUUCUAGCAAGCCUUCACAUGCUCUACGGCAAGAACUUUGCCAAGGCCCUGGAAGUGGUGGACGGUGGAGGCAUUGUUUGUUACGUAGGAGAGGAGACCGGACGCAAGGUGUACAAGGUGCCUGGCAAGCGACCCGCGGACCAAUACAUUGUGUUUCCUGCUCACUACUGCUCGUGCCAGUCCUUCUUAUACGACGUCGUGGGCAGGAGCGAGGCUGUCUGCUGCAAGCACCAAUUGGCUGCGAGGCUCGCAACUGUCCUCAAUCGUGCCACGGUGAUUCAAACAUCGGAUGUUACAGUUGCCCACAUGUUACUAGAGCAGUGCGCCUAGACCUGGCAUUCGCUCUCGGUUACGUGGAAAGCCUGCCGUGCUCAACGGGACGUACUGAUGUGCGAUUGUAACAUCGGAAGCAACA